GAUCAAAACCCUGCAGGUUGAGACUUUGGGCCGUGCCGGCCCGUAGCUCAAGUGGAGCCCAGCAGGAGACUGCAGGAGGUUCCAAGCCAGUUCAAACCGGAUUGCAGCUUUCUGGCUGGAAAUAGACGGCGACCACCGCCUCAACGGCGACGGCAGCGACGGCCACCAUUCCCUUCCAAUCUGCCGCACAACAUGGCGUCGUGCGUGGCCGCGAUGGCGCUGGUCGGCGCCCGACCUCCGUCUCACGCCGCUGGCCCUGCGGCGGCCAGCUGCAGUGGCCGCGCGCAGCUUAGCUUCCACCGCCUCGGCGCUCGCGCUCGCGCUCGGGUCAUCCGCGCCUACCGCCGCCGCCCACACCAUCCCUCUUAUGUGCCUGAGGAUGGGGUCGUUCUGGAGUGGCUGAGGAGCGCGGCCGCCGCGCUCGCCAUAGUAACCCAGAUUUCCGUCUCGCUGCCGGCGAACGCGGUGCUUUACUCGCCUGACACUAAGGUGCCGAGGACCGGGGAGCUGGCCCUGAGGAGGGCGAUCCCCGCUAACCCGAACAUGAAGGCCAUACAGGAAUCGCUGGAGGAUAUUUCGUACUUGUUGAGGAUACCGCAGAGGAAGCCGUACGGUUCCAUGGAGGGCGAUGUGAAGAAGUCCAUGAAAAUAGCAAUGGACAACAAGGAGGCAAUCCUGGCAAGCAUUCCUGAAGAGCAUAAGGAGGAGGGUGCCAAGCUAUAUACCUCAUUACUCGAAGAGAAGGGUGGUUUGCAGACUCUCUUGAAAUAUAUUAAGGAGAAUAACCCUGACAAACUUUCUAUAGCACUUGCUUCAUCACUUGACACUGUUGCUGAAUUGGAGCUGUUACAGGCUCCUGGUCUGUCCUUUCUCCUGCCUCAACAGUAUAUAGAAUAUCCAAGGCUGACAGGAAGAGGAGUUGUUGAAUUCACAGUUGAAAAAGGUGAUGGUUCAACAUUCUUUCCAACUGGUGGUGGUGAACCGAAAAGUGUUGCUACAAUUCAGGUCGUUAUUGAUGGGUACUCUGCCCCACUGACUGCUGGAAACUUUGCAAAAUUGGUCUUGGAUGGGGUAUAUGACGGGGUAACACUUAAAUGUGCAAGCCAAGCAAUUAUUGCUGAUAACGAGACUGGAAAAAACGGGUACACUGUUCCAUUAGAGGUCCUGCCAGCAGGACAAUUCGAACCAUUGUACAGAACUCCACUAAGCAUUCAGGAUGGAGAAUUGCCAGUCCUGCCCAUGUCGGUGUAUGGUGCUGUUGCCAUGGCACAUAGUGUGGAUUCAGAUGAAUACAACUCACCAACUCAGUUCUUUUUCUAUCUUUAUGACAAGAGAAACUCUGGCUUAGGAGGAAUAUCGUUCGACGAGGGGCAAUUUUCAGUUUUCGGGUAUACCACUGAUGGGAGAGAUGUUCUGUCACAGAUUAAGGCCGGAGAUAAAAUUCGGUCUGCCAAGCUUGUACAGGGCAGAGAACGCCUUGUAUUGCCAUCCAUAGCCCCCGAAGAGAGCUGAUAUUAUCGAUCCCAAGCAUUUGCAGCAUUCUUUUACACUGAUGAGGCAACCAACAUUUUGUAUAUCCAAGCCACUAAACCUGACCGAACAGUUUACAGUCAAAUACUGAGUAUAGCAUAUAUAACAAUCGUUGUACAUGAAACAUUUUUCUUGUGUAUCCAUGCAUCCGAAUGCUUAUUCGACA